CCGGCGACACGUCCCUUCAAUCCCUCAGCCCUACACUACACGUCUGAGACGCCUUUAUCUGUUUACACCUCUCCAGACUUUUCAUUAAAAGGCGAUGUUUUAUCUCUGACACAUUUUUAUCUAAUUUGACACUCGCUCAGGCCGUAAAGAGGAGUGUUAGCCUGAGUGCAGUAAAACCUACAGCGCUUUUUAGACUAGCUUCAAAUGGGGGAGGUGAGAAAGCUGCAGAAGAAGUUGAGACAGAUUGAGAAUCUGGAAAUAAAAAUCAGUCUUACCCCAGAGGAGAGAUUCAAGAUCUCCAGAAAGGCGGAGCUGCGUUCCAGAUUGGCUGAGCUUCAGCUGCAGCUUUCUGGCCCGCAGCAAACUCUGGGGACUGUGGGAGACGGAAAAAAGGAGAAGAUGAAAAGACAAGUUGAGGAUGCCCCUGAGCCCUUCCAUCACAAAUGCCUCCAGCCUCCAAGAUCCUUAAGGGAGAAGCGGAGUCCCAAAGCUCAAGGAACGCCAGCGCCGGCUGGCAGGCAGAAGGAGACAGGAGGGGGAGAAGGAGUAGGCAGACAGCAGGAAAGGACAGCAGCCGCCAAGGUGUCAGAUCAGAGCCGAGACGAUUCAGGGGGCUGUCCAGACACUGACAAGGAGCAGCAACUAAACCAGGAAGAAGCUGAAUUAACAGCUCUCAAAGUGUAUUGGGAGAAAUCAAAGUUUCGCUUGAGGCCGCUGGAGGGGCACAAUGACAUAGUCACCUGUGUGGUUGCCGUUGACCUGGUGAUUUCUGGAGCCGAGAACACAACAGUUAAGGUGUGGCACGUUCCAACAGCGACCAGAGCACCAGAACUGGGGGGUCACAGUGGCGGGGUCACCUGCCUGUGUGUCCCUCCCCCUGAGUACGCAAGAGGCUGGGUGAGGACACAUAACUGUCCCGAAAAGGAGAGGUUUAUUUUGAGUGGUUCUGCAGACUGCAAUGUGAAGAUCUGGCACUAAACAUCGGGCAGUGUGUUAAGUCUAUUUACCACGUUCAACGCUGUGACUUCCCUCUGCUUUGUACCAGAAGGAGACGGCUACAUCCUCACUGGGUCAGAUGGGGGGAAAGUUCAAGCCUGGAGCUGGCACACUUUUGAAAACUGCCAGUCAAUCAACGCUCACCAGGAAGCAGUUACCUCCAUCCAGUCUCAGGGUCCGCUGGUGUUCAGCGGCUCGGCUGAGGGAGGGGUGUCUGUGUGGGAGAACCGGUGUUCAGAUCGAGACCCCCUGAGGCUGCUCUACCACUGGAACGGCCAGUUAACGGGCUGCGGAGGGGAGUCGGGCGGGCGUCUGACCCUUAGCCCCCGCGGAGACAGAGUUUUCCUGGCUUAUGGUCGAGCCUGGCUCAAGAUCCUGCACUGGAGGACUGGAGCGAUGUCCAGGCUGACCAAUCACAGCAGUAUCACUGGAGUAACAGAUUGUGUUCACCAGACAGGAGGCCUCCUAAUUGGCUCCUGCUAUGAUCUGGCAAAUGGAGAGAGCACUCUAAAUUUAUUCUCUCUGCCUCAGUGUCGCUACCUGGCCUCUCUGACCUGGCCUGAUGCUCCCAGAGUCCUUUGCUUUGCAGCUUGGACCACGGGGAGUGGAGACCACCGGUGGGUCACCGGAGGUCAUGACCUCGUUGUGUGGGAGCAGCUCCCCAGCUCAGGGAAGCAGAGAGGUGACGUCACAGCGAGAAGAGACAGUCGAUUGGACACCGUGCUGGAGUCAGAGGGGGACUCAGAAGAUGACGAAGAGACUGAUGAUUAUGAGGAUGAUGAAGACAACAAUGAAGAAUGUCGGUCUGAUGAGGCAGAGGAGGACGGCAGGUCCAGCUUGUGGUUCCGCUGUGUACUUCAGUAAGAAGUGGUCUCAAACACACACUCAGCACUGAGGACACCAUGGCCCACAGACAUGAGGAGGAAAUGAGAGGGAGGGAGUGGAGUGACAGUGAAGGAGGGUGGAGGGGAGUGAAGUGUGACAGACUGAGUGUCGAUGUCUGCGAGCCAGCGUAUGUACGGACAAAGUGUGUGUCUGAGACAGAAAGACAGAUUGUUUUUUAUGUAAAUAAUAUUUUGACAAACAAUAAAGCUGUCACACUGUGGCUAUCACCCUCCAAA